AUGCGCUGCUUGGUGAAAACAUCAGGUCUCGAAGAUGUUCCACGCGCACAGCUGAGCGAUUGCUGCUUCACUGUGGACGAUGGCGAUUCAUGCAGUGCAGCUGCGGUGUCCUGCACUCGGCUCUGCGACUCUUGGCAAUCUUCAACUUUCUGCGCUAGGGAGGCCCAUACAUACCAGAUUGUCAAUGGAGGUUCUCACCGCCUCUACCAACCCACCUCUACGACCAACUUUCUAUAUUUGCCCUCGCACUAUACUCGCUAUUGA